AUGCAUAAAUGGGGUGCCCCCGAAGCAAGGAGUAGGACUCCACUGAGCAGCAGCCAAGUCCUCCACCACUCCAAAGCUCUGCCUGACUCUCAGGCCACCAAGGAUCCUGUGUCCCGGCAGUCUGGACCUAGAAGAAAGAUCACGAAAGGGACGUCAUCCUUCGGAAAGCGUCGCAACAAGACGCACACGUUGUGCCGCCGCUGUGGCUCUAAGGCCUACCACCUUCAGAAGUCUACCUGUGGCAAAUGUGGCUACCCUGCCAAGCGCAAGAGAAAGUAUAACUGGAGUGCCAAGGCUAAGAGACGAAACACUACCGGGACUGGGUGGAGAAGGCACCUAACAAUUGUCUACCGAAGAUUCAGACAUGGAUUCAGUGAAGGGACAACCCCUAAACCCAAGAGGGCAGCUGUUGCAGCAUCCAGUUCAUCUUGAGGAUUUCAGUCUGUCAUAAAAUAAAUGUUCUGGUUUCCAAAA